AUGUCGAGAAUCGCGGUUUGCAUUGGAGCCUUCGUGGUCCUUCUUGUGGCGAGCGCCCUGGCUGGGCCGGUGACGCUCAACGGCGCCAAGAUCAGCGCCACCUUCAACCCGACAGGCGGCAGCGUCAAGAUUUGGGAGACGGGCACCAACAGGAUCUUCACCCACUCCUUCACCAAGAUCCAGGAGGUGGCCGCCGAUGGUGGGGUCGUCAACGCCGUCAACUCGUUCGCCGAUCUCACCUUCAACGACCCGACCACGCCGCAGCAGGAGACGUUCCAGGGCGUCAACUCGACGGUGGUGAGCCUCUCGGGCAACGUCAACGUGGCCGUCGCCGGCAGUAACGCCACCACCACCGCCAACGUCAACGUCCGCUUCUACGUCUUCAACGACGAGGGCAAGAUCACCUACGGCACCAAGACCUACCCUGUGGCGCCCGGCAGCAUUGAGAUCAUCUACACCAUCUCGGGCUGGCCCGUGGAGGACACCGGCAACAAGCUCAACUUCUUCGUGCGCAUCGGCACCCCGGGCAAGACCGCGUCGUGGAACAGCCCCGAGCUGCGCUUCUUCGACGGCGCGUCGCUCAUCUUCGCCCCCGACUCGGCCAACAGCAACGGUCAGGCCGCCGUGAAGGUGACCCCGACCAUGGGCAGCGGCGCCGUCAACAUCCAGAUGCAGUUCCAGGCCGCCAACAGCAUCGAGUACGACCCGCUGUGGAGCGUCGAGGGCGAGAGCUCGAGCGCCGCCACCCUGUCGCCCUUCAUCACCUCCGUCCUCUUCUAA